GAAAUGGGAAUCUUGGUUUCUGAAAACCUAGGUAAGGGAGAACCCUGGUUAUUGAAAACCUAGGUAAAUAGAAACACUGGGUUUUUGUUUCCUGGGUUGUUGGAAAUGCCUGGGUUCUGAUUUUAUGUGUAAAGUAAAACCCCUGGUUUCAAUUCUAUGGGUAAGUGAAAUAGGCCUUUUCUGGAAACCUAUGGGUUAUCUAGUGUGUAAAUACAGUAUAAAUACUGGAGCUUAAGCUCAGGGUAUGGGGGAUCACUUCUGAGAAUUCUCAUCGGUGUGGAUCUCGUGUGGUGGAAUGAAACAAUAAAGCUGGACCCUUGGUUCUUCUCACUCACGGCUGGUGUAUUUUUUCUAUCUCCAACUGGUCUCAGAGGUAGAUCAUCACUAUAUAAGCAUCGCCGCUUGCCUCAUCGUGUUACACCAAGCAAGAAGACACUCCUGAUUAAAUUGCAGAAAAAUCCAGAACUAUGGCUCGUCAGACUGAAGUGAUGUUGCUUCUUAUUCUCGCCACAGCAGCAACAGUCUUUGCUGAUGUGGUGAAUACUGAGACAGCGGCUGAUUUUGAUCAGAUCGUGAAAGAAUCCAAAGAACGUCGCGUAGACAGCAAAUGUUCCACAUGCUGUCCAAAUGGCUGGGUGAAAUAUGAGAGACGUUGCUUCUUGUAUCAGGCCGGAAUGGACUGGGCUUCUGCCGAGAAACGCUGUCUAGAUCUCGGUGCACAUUUGGUCUCAAUCCACAACGAAAGAGAAUAUCAACUGGUUAAAUCCGUUAUCCGUGCUCAUGACCCCUGGGAGAAUCCAACAUGGAUCGGCCUCAAUGCCUGUCAGAAGAAAUAUUUCUUUUUUUGGUCUGAUGGCACAAAAUUGACUUACACCAAGUGGAAUCCAAAUGAACCCAAUUUUAAUAAUAGAGAGUGCUGUGUGCACAUGAACUGGAGUGACAGUAAGAACUGGAACGACAUUCCGUGUGAUCACAGCUAUCCCUUUGUAUGUGCCAAGAGUAUUUACUGAAAUGCUCCCAGCUUCACCUUAACAACUAUAAUACAAUAUUGGAAAGGUUUUCCUUGUCACUAAUGGAUUUACAAAAAAAUUACUGUGGCAACUUACCAUAAAUAGAGCAAGAAAAAAAUCUUUAAAAAAUAAAUAAAUAAAUUGUGUUUCAUUAA